AUGAAGGAGAGAAAGACGAUUGAGAAGGGAGGAUGGAGGAAGAUGGGAGGAGAUUGGGAGGAAGAUUGGGAGAGAUUGGAGGAAGAAUUGGGGAGGAAGAUUGGGAGGAAGAUUGGGAGGAAGAUUGGGAGGAAGAUUGGGAGGAAGAUUGGAGGAAGAUUGGGAGGAAGAUUGGGAGGAAGAUGGGAGGAAGAUUGGGAGGAAGAUUGGGAGGAAAGAUGGGAGGAAGAUUGGGAGGAAGAUUGGGAGGAAGAUUGGGAGGAAGAUUGGGAGGAAGAUUGGGAGGAAGAUAUAAUAUGCGAUAGUAUUGAUUGGGGAGAGAGGAAAAAAGGAGAAGAGGAGAAGAGGAGAAGAGGAGAGGAGGAGAGAGGAGAAGAGGAGAAGAGGAGAAGAGGAGAAGAGGAGAAGAGGAGAAGAGGAGAAGAGGAGAGAGGAGAAGAAGGAGAAGAGGAGAAGAGGAGAAGGAAAAACGGGAAGGGCGUUGGAGUAAGAAUCUGA